GGAAGCGAAAGGGCAGCGAUCGGCAGGCGGAUCGCCCGGAAAAUGGCGCCCCUGUGCGGCUGCGAUUGGCCCAUGGCUCGCCCCCAGCGCCAGCCUCUUUUUCUCUCUCUCACCCCUUCUGACAUCGCCUUCCAUUCCUUUUCCUAUUUCUGCUCUCGUGCCACUAUCACCGAUAAACCCCCUCCAUCGGCGAUAUCAACUCUGCAAAUAUGGGGUUAUCAACCCGUUUCCUCCGCAUCCCGCGGCCUGAGACAUUCCUCUAUGUGAUGAGCCUGCGCACCGGCGCUGCUCUGAUCACUCUGUCCCUACUCCUCAACAAGAUCAGCGGCCUCUAUGGACUACUCGCUCUGCUCACCGGCUACCACCUUUCCCCUGUGCAACUGUCCAUGUAUAUUUACUCCUUAAUCGCCCUCGGUCUUGCGACGAUACUUUUCCCUCACAUCCGGAAGCAAUCCCCCCUGCAAUGCCUCGCCCUCGCCUGGCUCUACGUGUUCGACAGCAUCAUCAACGCCGCCUACACCGCAACCUUCGGCGUAACAUGGUUCCUGGUCGUUUCCCAGCACUACGAGAAUGGAACGGUGUCGGGACCGGGUAGUGAGACGAUCGCCCAGACUGCCGGCUUUACCAGUCCCAAGUAUGACGAUUCUUACACCGAGUCGACCUAUACCGAGUCCACCGAUGGAAGCAACUACGCCCGGAGUUCCGAGGGCCUAAGCAACGCCGUGACCCAGCCGGAAAGCUUCCAGAGCAUCCUCUUCAUCUGCACCCUGUGGGUCGUCCGCGCCUACUUUGUGUUCGUGAUGCUCGCUUUCGCACGCCAGGCCCUGCGCAUCUACAUCGCCGUGCCGCGUCACACGCAACUGCCCACCCACAGCCGCAAUACAUCCAACGCCAGCGUUGCUAGCGUGGCUGACAUCGAUCGGGAGCCAUUCUCGCCGUUCAGCCCGGAGGGCCAGGGCUGGCAGGGCAAACUCGGUCGCGCCAUGAUCAGUGUGGGCCGUAACUACUGGCUGGGCGAAGACGAGGAGGGAACUAGCUGGAUGAACAACAUCGGGCGCCGGUUCCGCACUCGCCUCGAGAACACCGAGCUCCCCGGACCCCUCGAGCGCGAGAGAAGACGUCGCUCUGGUACCGGCCCCCCGCAGCCCUCUCAAUCUGCCGUUCAGGCUGCCGCCUUGCAGCAACCGAUCUACGAGCAAGCCCCGGGGAUGAAUGUCAAGAUGCAAGACUGGACCGAAAACCGGUGAUCCAGGCCGCUCAAAUCCACCUCGCAUAGGACACCCACCCACUCAUGCUUUGGCCGAUUGUAGAACCCUGCCUAAAUAGGGUCUUCUUUUCAUCAUAACCACUGCCAAGAACGCGAGGGCGGUUCUGUCCUGUUUGGCAAGGAGUGAGGUCACAUGCUUCUUCUAUCCGAUCUCUCCACCCCGGAUAUAGCGGAGAGACUCCUCAGCCCGUUGCCUCUUCACUGCGUGAUACAUAUAGCCCGUUUUAUUUUCCUUCGUUCCUGUUAUUAUAUAUGGCGAGAUGAUCUACAUACCCUGGUUACGAAUCAGACAGUUGGAAAGGACGGGCUGGAUUGGCGGCGUUUUUUUUUGACAUCCUUUCCUCUGUUGCUCAUUCCAUGGUCGUCUCUUCAUGGACGAGGCGUGGGCUCUCAGGUUGCAUAUGGGAGAGACGAGUCUGCACAAACCACGUGGGAACAUAAUAUCUUUACCC